UUCCUAACAGACCUCAUGACGAAACUCGUGGUGUGAGAGAGCUGGAGCAUGUUUCGCAUGAAGACAGAUUUUCUCCACUACUCCAAGCACUUCAUAUUGUUAUUUUUGUAUGUGGCCAUCGUACUGACGAGACAGAUCAAGUGUGGAUGCAGCAGAGAGAGUGAGGAAUGGGUGAAUUAUAUAGCUGUGAAACUGCGCCAAAUGGAAGCUAACGAUUGCAUGCUAUACACUCCGACUCUAUCAGAUUAUGAGCAGAACUGCUCAAAUUCCACAUUACAUUGCUUUAUGUGGGAGAUGGACGUUUUAUUUUUUGAAAUCGAUGAUCCAUUAAAAAAUAAUAUACAGAGGCGAUUACCAAAGACACUUAAAAAUCUGACUAGACAGUUGCACGACAAAAGGAAGCCAUGUCCGAAAUGUGAGUUUUACCACGAAAAAAGAGCAGUGACGUUUGUGGAAACCCUACAAAGUAUUUUACAAAAGAUGAAUGCUGAAAACUGUAACAGGAAGAGAUGAACAUUAUUUUUGGAGGCUUCUGUCAAACUCUGAAGAACCUGUGAGGAAAGUCAUUAGCAAACUGGAAGAAACACCAUGCACUAAGCUAGAUUGCACACUUAGAUAACUAGUCAUUGAUUAAAAAUGUAAAGAUAUAUUUUCUUAUAUAAAAGUAUUUUUGUAAAAAUAAAAAUGUUAAUAGCAUAUUUCAAGUGGUCUGCUUUAAAACAAACUACCUCAAAGUCCAUGACCAGAAAAAAAUAUACGUUGAUUUCAUUUUAUUUACCUCGCCUGAACCUACAACAUACAGUUUCACUUUUCUUAGACUCCAUUGUCUAACAUGCUAGGAAUGUUAGACUCCCCAUUAUGCAAGCGUUUGACGUUACUGCAUUAAGUCAUCCAAAAACAGAUGUUAUGGACAUGGUCCUGAAGUAUCUCAAUAAAUUUAAGGUUUUGGCA